CUCUCUCACUCGCAUUUCCAUAUCUCCUGUGUAUUUUUUUGAGGGUUGCGUGUGUGCGUGUGUGUGCGUGACAAGAGGAGUGUGUGUGUGUUUGUGACCUUGCAGUAUAGAGGACUGUUACCUCCCUAGGAUGCAUCAGCUGCUAGUGGUGACCUCAGUGCUGGUGGCACUCUGCUCUCUAGGGAGUGUGGAUUCUUCAGCUUAUGACAAGAUAGUCACCCACAGUCGCAUACGGGCCAGGAAAGAAGGACCCAAUGUGUGCGCUCUGCAGCAGGUCCAGGGGACUAAAAAGAAAUUCUUCAGCACAUGUAGGAGCUGGUACAAAGGCUCCAUCUGUGGAAAGAAAACCUUGGUCCUGUAUGAAUGCUGUCCUGGGUACAUUAAGCUGGAGGGCAUGAGAGGAUGCCCUGCAGUGGCUCCCAUUGACCAUGUCUAUGGUACGCUGGGACUUGUAAAGGCUACGACCACACAGCAAUAUUCUGACAUGUCCAAGCUGAGAGAGGAAAUUGAAGGCAAAGGCUCUUUCACCAUGUUUGCACCUAGCAAUGAAGCCUGGGAGCAGGUGGAAUCUGAUGUACGGUCUGCACUGGUGAGCAACGUGAACAUCGAGCUGUACAACGCACUUCACUUCCACAUGGUGAACCACCGUCUUUUGACCAAAGACAUGAAGAACGACAUGACUGUCACUUCCAUGUACAAUGACCUGGGGCUCUACAUUAACCACUACUCAAAUGGGAUUGUAACAGUAAACUGUGCCAGGAUCAUCCAUGGUAAUCAGGUGGCCACAAAUGGUGUGGUGCAUGUUAUUGAUCGGGUCAUUAGAGGUGUGGCCAACAACAUCAAGGAUGUCCUGGAUGUCACCGAUGAGCUCUCCUCCUUCAAAAGAGUGGCGGGAGCUUCUGGUCUGAUGGACAAGCUGGACCAGCCUGGCCACUAUACUCUGUUUGCUCCCACUAAUGAAGCCUUUGACAAAUUGAGCCCAGGCUACUUGGAGCGUAUCAUGGGAGACAAGGAUGUUACUGCAGCCUUGGUGAAAUACCAUCUGUUGACAAGUGUUCAGUGUUCUGAAGCAAUCAUGGCAGGGUCAGUGUAUGAGACCGCAGAGGGCAGCACCAUUGAGAUCGGCUGUGAUGGCGAUAGUUUGACGGUCAAUGGAAUCAAGAUGGUGCUGAAGAAGGACAUUGUCACCACUAAUGGCGUCAUCCACUUCAUUGACCGGGUGCUCAUCCCUGACUCAGCCAAGGACGGGAUGGAGCUAAUGGGAGACUCCCAGAGCACGUUCACCGACAUGGUGUCCGAAUUGGGCUUAGCCGCUGCCAUGGGUUCAAAAACAGAGUACACGCUCCUUGCUCCCCUCAACACUGCCUUCACUAACGAGGUGAUGUCAACAGACCAGAACCUGCUGAGAUACCUUUUGGAAAACCAUAUCUUGAAGCUGAAAGUUACCCUGAGUGAGCUCUACAAUGGACAGCUGCUGGAAACACUGGCUGGAAAACUGCUCCGAGUCUUCAUUUACCGCACUGCCGUGUGCAUAGAAAAUGCAUGUAUGGUGCGCGGCAGUAAAGAAGGAAGCAAAAGUGCCCUCCAUGUUAUGAAGUCCAUAAUCAAACCGGCCGAGAAAACUAUCUAUGAGCUCCUGAUUGCUGAUGGACGGUUCAAGAUUUUCCUGUCGCUAAUGGAGACAGCAGGUCUAACUAAUCUGCUGAAGCAGGAAGGCUCCUACACCAUCUUUGCACCAACUGACGAUGCCUUUGGUGGCCUCAGUAGAGAGGACUUGGCUGUGCUCAAAAGUAAUCUGAACGCUUUAAGGAUCAUUCUGCUCUACCACUUCAGUAAUGGCAUCUUCAUCAAUGGAGGAUUAGAGGGAGGAGUUACCAACUUGCUCAAAACCCUCCAGGGCAACAACCUGCAAGUUAUUUCUGUAAACAACUCCAUUCAUGUCAACUCUGUGGAUGUUCCAGACAGUGACUUGAUGGCAACAAACGGUGUAAUCCAUGUGGUUAAGAAUGUUCUCUAUCCUGCGGACCUUCCUGUGGGCCGCCAGGAUCUCCUGGUCCUCCUGAAGAAGCUGAUUAAGUACAUCCAGAUAAAGUUUGUACCUGGAUUUUCUUAUGCUGAGAUCCCACUCACCUUCAUCAAGAGGACCAUCACAACUACACAUUAUGUUGACACAGUCCCUGAUGUAACAAAGGUGACCAGAGUCAUCGAGGGGGAGCCUUCACUCACCACAGUAACCAGGGUCAUUGAAGGGAAACCUACCUUUACCAAGGUUACAAGAGUCAUUGAGACAGAGCCAGUAGUCACUAAGGUGGUUGUCAAGGGGGAGACCAAGGUAACCAGGGUCAUUGAGGGAGAACCGUCCCUGACAAAAGUAACAAGAGUCAUCGAGGGAGAACCUUCCUUCACAAAAGUAACAAGAGUCAUCGAGGGGGAGCCUUCAAUCACAAAAGUGACAAGAGUCAUAGAGGGGCAGCCUUCAAUCACCACGGUUACCAGGGUCAUUGAAGGACAGUCUACCAAUAGCAAGAUUACAAGAGUUAUUGAGGGUGGAGAUCCUGAUGCAGAUGGAGACACAGGUGGAGCCAGAUACACCACUGCAAACGAGCCUAUUAUCAUUGAGGGCCCAGACUUCUCUAAGAUCACCACAAUCCACGGUGACCCAAAUCUGAUCGAUGAGGAGUCAGAACGAAUUACCAAACUCAUUCAAGGGGGAGGUAGAUUUGCUGCUGCGAGGAAAACUCCAGCUGGGAUGAGGAGGAGAACAAGGCUGGGCAAGAGUCAAUACAAGCCAAGGGAUUGAAUCUAAUAGAGAUAAAACACCUUCGGGCUCACCGCAGAGAUUGAAUGCAUCUCCAGUGCUCCCAGACGAGUGCUGGAGGAUUACAAAACUGUGGACCAAUAGGGACGGAUCAAAUCAACCUAGCUAUUUCUUUGUCUAAACCAUCAGUAAGAAUGAUUGUUUACUAUUCCAUGUGGACCAGUAUACUAUAUGUAUACUAUUUGCUUUUUUUUUAAUCAUGUCACUUUGUAAAACAGAUGCCUUGGGAAGAGUUUUAUGCUUUUUAUGGUGCUCGCAUUCUGUACAAUGGAUGCAUUUGAAUGAAUAUGAUAAACAAAACAGUGUUUUGCUGCCAUUAGAUGCUGUAUUAAAUCUCUGUAAUUUACCACAUGAUGAUUAAAAAAUACAUUUCAUUUUUAUACAGUUUUCAGUAAUUCUUUUCAGCUUCCAUCUGUAAUGAUGUUGAAUGUGAGUCAGACAUUUGUAUGUCCUUUUAAAACUAGGCUUCACAAUCUUAUAUUUGUUUUAACCUCAAAGAAAAAGUGGUAAAUAAAAUGUGCAUAGUGACUUCAGAA